AUGGCGAACACAGGCCUACAGGUAUUGGGUUUGAUCCUGUCCAUCACAGGCUGGGUGGGCGGGGCUCUGGUCUGUGCCGUCCCGUGGUGGCGUGUGUCAGCCUUCGUGGGUAACGAGUUAGUGGUGGCUCAGGUGUUGUGGGAGGGGCUAUGGAUGACCUGUCUGUCAGAGUGGGGGCGGCUCCAGUGCAAGAUUUACGACUCUGGAUUGGCUCUCUCCAGCUCCGCCCAGCUGUCCCGAGCCAUGUCCGUCAUCGCUUUGCUCAUCUGUUUCUUGGCCGUGCCGGUGGCCGUGACUGGCCUCAAGUGCACCCGUUGCCUAGGAGACGCCCAAGGCCCAAAGGGGAAGCUGGCACGCGCCUCUGGAAUCCUCUUCGUUCUCGGAGGCGUGGUCUUCCUCAUGCCCGUGUGCUGGAUGGCCUACGUGGUGGUGCGAGACUUCUACGACCCCGACGUCCCUCCGCCAAACAAGCGGGAACUGGGCCCCGCCCUCUACCUGGGGUGGAUCGUCUCCAUCCUCAUGAUUAUUGGAGGAGCUCUUCUUUACGCCGGAUCCACCAACCCCGGGGCUCUGGCCCCGCCCGGGCGGGGCGGGAUCAGGAGUAACCCUCCGUCCACAGCCAGCGAAGGGAAACAGGAGAAGGCUUUUGUGUGA